GUUUAAGACAUAGGAGGGAAGAGGCCGCGCCUGCCUUGUACCACCUGUUGGUAAAUUCUCGCUGACAAGUCUCCACAACACCCAAAUGACGGAUUCUAAUUCUAAAGCCACCGCUGAGGCCAAGGCCGAGGUCGAAGAGGUGACCAAAGACGCUAAUGAGAAGACUGAAGAACCAGAGGUGCCCAAGGAGAUGAGAGCGGUAAUAUUAAACGGGUUCGGCGGACUUAAAUCUGUCAAGAUUGUCAGGCGACCUGAACCAGCGCUUGCAGAUGGUGAAGUGGUGGUACGCGUCCAUCUAUGUGGUGUAAGCUUCCAAGAUGUAAUGGUGAGACAAGGUGUUACAGAAGCCCCUCCCAAGACGCCUUUCAUCCUGGGCUUCGAGUGUGCUGGGAUUGUGGAGGCCGUGGCUGACGACGUUGACAACUUCAAGGUUGGGGACAGGGUUGUGGCAUUACCUGAUCAUCGUGCUUGGGCUGAACUUGUACCUGUAUCUGCCAAAUAUGUUUACUCCGUGCCAGAGACGAUGCCCCUGCAGGAAGCAGCAGCCGUGACACUAAGCUACACGGUUGCGUAUAUGCUUGUCCACGACCUGGCUAAUAUUGUUCCUGGCCACACCGUCCUGCUCCAUUCUGCCGGUGGUGCUGUGGGCCAGGCUGUGUGUGCUCUGCUACAGAACAUUGGUGGAGUCACUGUAGUGGGCAUAGCAUCAAAAAACAAGCACGACGACAUCAAAACAUCUGUCACUCACCUUAUUGAUCGUGGCAGUGACAUCACAACUGAAGUUAAGAAAGUGUGUCCAGAUGGUGUUGACAUAGUCCUAGACUGUCAGGGAGGCGAUGAAUGCAACAAAGGCUACGCUCUACUCAAACCACUGGGGCGAUAUAUUCUCUUUGGAUCCUCAAGCAUCGUGACAGGAGAGACCAAGAGUAUCCUCAGUGUUGUUAAAUCGUGGUGGCAGGUGGAUAAGGUGUCUCCCCUGAGGCUUUAUGAAGAUAAUAAAGGAAUUAUUGGCUUUAACCUUCGUCGUCUUCUUCAUCAUCAGCCCGGUGGCCAUGAAAGAGUGCGGCUGGUGGUGGAAGCCGUGUACAAGCUGUGGCAGGGAGGAGUCGCUAAAGCCCACAUUGACUCUACGUACGCUCUCGAAGAUGUGACCGACGCCAUGGCCAAGAUGCAUGAGAGGCGUAACAUCGGCAAGCUGCUUCUGGAUCUCUCUAUGGACCCCAGACCUAAACCUACCACUCCGGCCAAAAUUAAGAAGGAGGAGAACGAAGAGGGCGAGAAGGAGGGGGACAAGGAGAACAAGGAGAUAGAGAAGGAUGAGGAGUCGAAGGUUGAAACAAAAGCUAAAGAGUGAGAGAAAAUUUUAAGCUGUGAGAACAAAAGCUUAAUACCAACAAGAGAAACAAAGAAGUGAAAUCAAAGUUAAAUAUUAGUGAGAACAAAAGUGAAUUACUGUGAUCCAAAGCUAAAUAUUAUGAAGAAAAGCACAAAACUGUGAAGAAUGACUUGAACAAAGAAUAAAAGCUAUACACAAAAGGUAAUCAGUGAGGUUGAAAGAAAAAUAAGAAUAAAAGCAAGUAAUAAUAAGAAGAAUUACACAACAAGCUCGAAAGCUAUGCUGAUAAAUAAAGCUAAACUGAAUUAAAGGCUAAAAAGAACAAAUGCCAGAAAAGUAGAAGGUAGAUGAAAAAUGGCAGAAUGGCAGACGAGGUGGGAAAGAUGGGGUAAGGAAUUGAGAAAUGGGAAAGUACAUAAUAGGCCAAUGUAACUGACUAUCAAGAGAGUUCUCCUUAUUUCAGUUGAAGAUUAACCACAGUAACAUAACCCAACCUAAUCUAAUCCCCCCCCCCCCACAGGUAGCAUUAGGAUGGUUAAUCUAGGUGAAAUAAAUAAGCUGGUGUGGCUAUCUUCAAGUAAUCCCAUCCAAGUACCAAGUUUGGAUUACUUGAAGAUAAGCUUUCCCAGCUUAUUUCACCCAAAGAUUAACCACCCUAAUGCUUACCUAAUCAAGCCUAACUUAACCUAACCUAACCUAAGUAGUGCUAUGGUAUGGUGGUUAAGCUGGGAGGGGGGCCAAUCUUCAGGUGAUCCCCAAGUAUCAUCAAAACCCACUUCUGUUUGGUCAAGUUUCUGUACUGUAUAUAUUUGUGUCCCCGCCAGAGACAAUUUUCAAAGACCAUUGUACCUUUAUUAAUGAGGGCAUAUACAGUAAGAUAAUAGCAAUAAGAGUUAGGCAGUGAUAAACCAUAUGCAAAAAGACCCUAACUUAAUGACAUGAACCAAGACAUGCUGUCAAGGAUAAAGGCAGUGGAAAUAAUACUGAUUGGAAAAUGUUCAAGAAGAAAGUUUGGCGAUGAACAACAGGACUGGCUGCCUGAUGGACUAGUAUGUUGACAGGUUGUGAAAAUGAUCAAUUAAAACAAAUUAUAAUAAACUAAGGGAUGUUUACAGUAAUGGAAUAAAUAAUGGCAAAAAUAAUCAUUAUGUAACACAGGUUGUAUACCAUAUGUUAGCUCAACCAUGCAGGAAGGAAGGUUAUGGGAGUUAAGUGGUAAGUACAGUAUAGUAAAUAAUCCCGUAAAAUAGCUCGUCAGAUGUCACUAUGGUUUGGAUGGUGAUGUAGACACUAUACUUGAGUGGCCACAUUUACAGCACUAUAAUGCAAAGUUACAGUGCUUAUACAUUGUAUUCACUAUGUGAGUGUUAGUAACGUCCUGUUAAAUAUGCCCACAUAAUUUAAGCUAUUUACACAGCCCAGAAAAAUUGCAUCUAUUGGGCCAUGAUUCUCAAACUUAUUUCUUAUUGUACAUACCUUGUUAACAAAGUGCAACAUAUGAUCUUAAUUGUCACAUUUACAGUACAGUAUAGAUAUUUUUUUUUUUUUUAACAUCACGACAUAUUUAAUAAGUAAACAAAUAGUGGCAACUUUUUCAGAUCAAUAAGUUUUCACUUAUGUUGCACAGCCUUAUGCCUAAGUACUCUAUUAAGUGAUAUGUAAUUAAUGAUACAUUAUGUCAAAACAACUAAGAUUAUAGAAACAGAAGUUAUUGCUAUAGUGUAUUUCUCCCACUCUUGCAAGCCCUGUGUGUGGCUGGAACCGAGAACAACACACACGAACGUUCCCAUCAAUUGUUGCAAUUUACCAUCUCUUGACCUUUAUUACAGAAAAUGGAUACCCUGAAUAUUAGACACCCCAGCAUAUUUCACCAGAGGAUUAACCACCUGAAUGCAAACCUAACCCAAUGUUAAUGUAAGGUAAUCUUAACUCUCCCAAGGUAGCAUUAGGGUAGUUAAUCUUCAGGUGAAAUAAGCUGGAGUAUCUAAUCUUCAGGCGAUUGUAGAAAAAUCUGUCUGCUUAAAUAAUUUAGAAUGGGUGUAACAGCAAAAAAAAUAACAAAUACAGUAUACUUGUAUUGUUUUAACAGCAUUUCUUGUAAAAUUAAUAUUCUUCAAUUCUUGUUGAUCAUUAGCAUAAGGCAGAGAUGGAGUUACCAUACUUAGUAGAUAAAAAUGUUAUUAAUCAGUUCUGAAUUAAGACCGGGUAAAAUAUAUUUAAGAAUGUAUUAACUAUUGUAAGUACUAUUUAUUUAAAAUUGUACUUGAAUGUUAUAUCUGUGCUGAUAAUCCAAUUUACACUUACAGUAUGUAAUUUACUGAUUCUGUACAGGGAUCACCUGAAGAUUAGCCCCCAGCUUAUUUCGUCGUAAGAUUAACCACCCUAAUGCUAACCUAACUCAAAGUGACUGCCUAGCUGCUAACCUAACCUAGCAUAAUCUAAAUUCUUCUCCCUCCUGGUAAUGUUAAGGUCUUUAAUCAUCAGGUAAAAUAAACUGGGGUGCCUAAUUCUCACAAUUGUGCAUUUUCUAUGUAUUGAGUAUACAGAGGUCUGUAUGUGUUAAACUGACUUUUAAGUUAAUUAUAUGUAGUUGACAAUAUAUGUAGUGGCCAAAGUUAUCUGUAUGUAGCUGAUACUUAUGUAUAUGUAGCCAACAAAGCUGCUUAUAUAUGGCCAACUAAGCUAUUUAUCCAGUGUAUACCAUAAUCCAAGCUAACCUGACUGGGGUGGAACAGAUGUAGCUAGUUGGCAAGGCAAACUUAUUAAAAUUUAUGGAGUGAAUUGGAUAGGUUUCUGUCCAGCCAACAUGACAAACAAAAGAUUUAGUGUGUGUAUCCUUGAAAAUGUUUCGCCCCUUUACCUACCAAAACAAAUGCACCCUUAAGAGUAAGUAUGUGUAGUGUGUUUUCCCUAAUAUCUCUGAAAGCAAACUUAAACUGAUCCCAAGAAUAAAUUUUUCUUCUAAUCUACUGUAACUGAAGGAAAUUAAUAUGAACUAAAUCAAACCAAAUUCUAGAGUAUUUAGAGUAAGUGUGUGUUUGUGCUCACAUGUCAACAACUAGUGCUAGAUUUUUUUUUGCCACUAAAUAUACAGGCUACAGCAAGAUGUUACAGUAUUUCGUAUGUGACUACUGUAUUUGGUCUGUCAUGGAGCAUAUCAACUUAGAAAGGUUUACAUUAAUGUGAAUAUAAAGUUUGGUUUACAGUUUAUCACCUCACUAAGCUAUCUUGUUCAUGGUCAAGAUGUUCACCAAAGCCAUAAUAUCCCUAGUUCCUAAAUAAAGUUGACUGGUAUAAGGAAUAUAUAUUUUGAUGAUAAUACAACCUCUAUCUCAAAAUGGAAUAAAGGUCAUUUCUUUGUUCCACCUACAUACAUUUAGAUCCUUUCUCCAAGACGUUCAGCUGAAGGAAGAUAAUGGCAUAGAUUUACCAUUACCCAGUAAAGUAUAAGAAACAAAUAAGCCAAAGAAAUUUAGAUAUUUUUGUAUAGUAAUGGAGCUUGUGUGUUAUUUUUAUGUACCACGAGCUUUACACUUUUACCAUGUCUCGCCCUAAGGCCCCUCUCACACAGGUACUGUACUGUACUUAAGAAAUUAAUGCAGUUUAAUGGAACCUUAAACAUGGACGGACAUGUUUUGAACUCCAUUGUUUCACAACAAAAUAUGCUUGUGUAAGAGGCCUAACAAUAUAAUAAAUAAUUUAAGCAUACCAAAAUAUAUGUACAUUUGUAUUUGUUAUGCAAAAUGUAUGUGUAAAGAAUAUAAAAAUAUUUAAUAUUAAAAUUAAAGAUAUUAUCCAAAACUCUGCUCUUAUAAAUUAUUAGCCAGUGGAAAGAAUUUGUGAAAUAAGAUGGAAGUCAUUACACAUGCCCAAUAAAAACUUUAUUUUAAA